AUGGCACAAGCUAAGAAAGCAAUGAGCCUCGACGGCAGUGCAUCGGACCAAAGUAGUAUUCAGGCCCUUGCAAACAAGGCGCCAUGUCCGAACGAUCAAGGAUCGAAACGCACCAGUCGCGCCGGUGGCAUUGUCAUCGAGUAUCUCCUGCAAACCGCCCCAGAAUUUCGGGAGCUGACUGAUCUCCGGCAAAAGGUUAGUAAUACAUCAGAACAGCAGUCUCGAGUGGGAUGGAGCAAUCCUGCGGGUGAUCAGUUCUUCCAAAAACAACGCCAAACAGCUGAUAAUGCCGACGGCCAAACUGUUUUGCACUUCUACGACAUGAUGAAGAAAAUUGGAAGGGAGCUUCAUCUUUCCACUGAUGCAUUUCGGAUCUCAGGGGAUAUCUGGAGAGGACGCAUUCUCGACAUGUGCAUGGCCCCGGGUGGUUUUCUCGCGGAGGCACUCAGUGUGAAUUCUGGAUCUCGCGCUCUAGGUUUUACCUUGCCUCUUUGCAAGGGAGGACACAAGAUUUUACUCCCAAGAAAUCUAAAUUUUAGAGUGAAAUACCAGGAUAUAACAAUGUUUGCCGCAGAUAUGGGCGUGACAGAUAUCCCAAAGGAGCACCCUGAUGCUCCGAAUUUUCUGCCGCGGCAGCUCGACCCAAGAGAAGUCUUCGAUCUCGUCAUAUGUGACGGCCAGGUGCUUCGAACGCAUGAUCGAGCAGCCUAUCGGGAAGCGCGUGAAGCUCGCAGGCUGACCCUCACUCAGCUGGCACUGGGCGUUGAGCAUGUCAGACACGGCGGAACUAUAGUUGCCCUCCUCCAUAAGAUUGAGGCAUGGGACACCGUUUCCCUUCUGUAUACGUUCAGCAAGUUCUCUUCCGUGCAGGUCUUUAAGCCACAGAAAUUCCACGCUAAGCGGUCCUCCUUCUACAUGGUUGCCACCAAUAUUCAGAGCCAGCACGACGAGGCUAUUCUCGCGAUCAGGAAAUGGAAGACGCUAUGGAGGCUUGCGACAUUCGGAACAGACGAGCAAUACGGUAAUGCGGUGGAUGAGAGUGAGACGGGAGUCGAGACGGUGCUUGAGAAGUUUGGAUUGGAGCUGGUGAGGCUGGCAAGGGACAUUUGGAACACUCAGGCGAGGGCCUUAGCAAAGGCUCCCUUCAUUAAAGCACAAUGAGUGUUCAUGAAGAUUAUAGUUGGGCUCUUUUGUGUGGCUUGCGAUAUCUGUGCGGUGGCAUCGAGGGAGCAUGAACUUAUUACCGGAUUUUUAUGGAGGCUAGUUCCAUUGGGAACAUUCUCAGUUCCAUUGCACCAUUCAUAUGAAUAUGUCACGGAGAGUGAGGGCACGCUAGAAUGUCUACCGCGACUG